AUUGGCGGGCUCAGUUGGGAUACGUAAGCACACGCGACACUUGAACAGUCACGUUGUUACUUCGUUGUUGCAUGGUUGAACUUGUACGUGACAGUGACGGGGAAAAAGCAGACUCUAUCAAUUUAUACGUGUCUAUGCCGUUUGAUCGGACGUGGUUCUAGUAUACUCGGUACGAAACGUGACAUCGGUGAACGAGAAAAGGGUAUCGUGCCGUGUCGUGCCGUUUCGUCGCGAGUGUUCUUGGCUCGCGUUCAAAGUAAACUGUCGAGUUAAAACUCUUCCGCGAAGGAGCAACUAGAUAUUUCUUCUUUCCUUUUAUUUGUCUUGUGGUGAAGUUUUGAAAGCAAAACCGCUCACAGAUGACGCAACGUGUGCCUAGCGCAGGCUUUUACGACACUAUCGUCGAAGAUCACAAUUACACGAUGUUUUCGAUGUAUCCACCGACAUCAAACUUUUCUGACCCCUGGCAGCUGACGAAAGAGGAAAAGGCUAUGCUCGUAUCUCUGGACGGACUGCAUAGCGGAGUACCGACCAGAACGACGCCGACGUUGACGCCGACGACGCUCCGUAGCAUCGAACAGACGUUCCUCGAGCUAACUAGCGAGUCCGCGUCACACAGUCGCGAAGCAGGCUUCGUACCACCGUUGGUUGAACCGUCGCAACCGACGCCGGCACAGACGCAAAACACGGCGGCGCAUCACAUCGUUACCACCGCAGCCGCCACCGCCGUCCCCGUGGCUACCAACACCACCCUGGUGGAGAGCCAACAGACGCAACAAACGCAACCCACCAGGCGCAAUAUGGGUGGUAGAAGGCCAACGAGAACGAUCGGGAUGACACCCGAGGAGGAGGAACGACGACAGAUCCGUAGGGAGAGGAAUAAAAUGGCAGCAGCCAGAUGCCGCAAGCGAAGGAUGGAUCACACCAACGCCCUGUUAGAAGAGACUGAGGGUUUGGAACAAAAGAAACAAAGCUUGCAAGAGGAAAUCCAUCAGCUGCAACAAGCCAAAGACGAGCUCGAGUUCAUUCUGGAGGCUCACAGAGCUGUCUGUCGACUACGUUCCACGUCUCCGCCGGAUGUGAAGCCUGUGAUAAAGCCAGAACUUCCGGUCGAGGAUCAAUUCGCCAGCGUGGACAACGCGAAACGCGAUUCGUUGAACGCCGCCGCGAGACCCAACAGACCAAACUCGUUGCCGGUUGGUUUCGACAAUAACAAUCGGCCAAACUCCUUGUCGAUCUUCACCGAAUCGAAGGAGAGACCAGACUCGCUUACGUUCAAGACAGUCGAGACGCCAUCUUUCAUGAAACCGUCGCUAGACGUCGCUGGAAUGCCGAUCACCACCCCUACCAGUGGCAUACCGUUUAACUUUGAGUCUCUGAUGGAGGGUGGUACCGGGCUCACGCCAGUUUCCACGCCUUUGAUACCAUCCUGCUCGACGCAACAGAGAAACAACCUGUCAGCGGUUGACCUCAGCUCCCCGGAUGCGAAUCCACCGAAGCUGGUGAGCUUGUGACGCCAAGAUGACCUCGAGUACGGAUCAAACGAGGACGAUCCCGAAUGAAAGAGGUGUUGUCGCGUCUUGGACCGUUUCGCGGAAUUUUGUACAGAGAACCAGAAGAGAAGCAAGAAAUUGAAAACGUUAGAGCUAAGGAUCGACUUUAGCGCUCAAAACUCUCUGAUAGAUAAAGAAAGAAUCAUCUGCUGAAUCGGGUCUCCAUUCGCGCGGCACUGCGUUAUACAUGUACACUAUCGUGCAACGGAGCCUUAUCUUAAGUCCUAAGAAAAGACUACGUUGCUCGCGAUUGUACUUGGCGCAUAAUUUCAAGGAGAGACACAUAGUACAGCGGCUCGGUGACGAUUGUACAUAUAUAAAUACAUGUAUGUACUAAAAAUUUAACGAAUGCUUUUUCUUGCAUUCUCAAGAAGAGCCGUAUUUUCUUGUUGGCAUUUCGAGUCGCAUCGAUGCCGCUUUUCAUUACGAGUAACGAGAUUUCUACGAGCAACUCGCGUGGUUUGCAAGUUUCCCGUAAUAUGUAAUCCCUCCAUACAUAUAAUAUAUAUACAUACAUAUAUUUUACUAUGUAUGACAUUUUUUGCAUGAUCUUUAAGCAAUAUUAAUAUAUUUAUACGCGGCUGCUGCUUGCGAGGCUGGCCGAUUUUUUCGAUAAGACUUUCUUCUUUCUUUUCUUUUUUUUUUUUUUAAUAUAAUAUAUAUAAAUAUAGCGUUAGCAAGAGAGAGGAGGUAGAUCGUUUUACGACCUGCUCGAUUUCAGCCCCGUGAUCGGCGGUCGCGAUCCAACGAUCGUUAUGAUUAAGAAAAAAUUAUAACGCACCAUCAAUAAAUGCUGCAAUAUAUUUUCAUUGGAUCGAACGAAUAAAAGAGGAAUUAAAAUAUUAUGUAAUUAUCGACGAAUAAUAACGAUGUGUUUCAAUUGUGUAUCAUAAUUGUGAACUUCAUCUAGCUGUAAGUUGAGAUACAUUGCGUGAUAUGGUUGUUCACGGGUUCCUCGGCCUCGUGAACGCCAUGGAUCUUUGGAACGGAAACGUUCCUGUGAUAGAACGUGCAAAUAAACUCGUACAGCGUUAAUGGUCGAAUUUUAUAUCUUUGUACAGUCGAAUUGAUGAUUUCUCAAUACAAAAAACAAACAGAA